GUAUGGGGGUGGGCGCUGCGUGGGUCAAUGAUCAUUUUGUUUGGCUUUUAAGCGCCUGUAAAGAGAGGGGAGCUGAGAAAGCUGUCUGAAGCGGGCUCCGAUGCAGACCACCACGCCGGCUGCCGUGUCCGCGGCGAUGGAUGGCGAGCCAGCGGAGCUGCCUGGGCUGUACGGAUGGUCGAUCACCGACAACAUUACCAUACGGCUCGCGCUCAACGGCACUGUGCUCGACCCCGACUGCUGCGGUGCCGGCUGGCAGGUGUCCAGCAGCACGUGGUGGUGGUUCGGCUGCAUCAUGCUCAUCGUGUGCGCCCUGAUGGUGGCCACCCUCAAGUAUUGCAGCAAACUGGCGAGUGAUCCCGACGCCGUGGCGCGGCACAAGCAAGCCAUCUACGAACUGGUCCACGCCGAGGAGGACAAAGCGAUCCGAGCCAUUCCCAAGAAGCCCGUGGAGAAGGCCAACUUCAUCAAGUAUUGCGAGCAGCACAGAAAGUACCCGAUUCUGUUCAAAGUCGAAUUUCAGCAUGCAGGGCGAAUCGAGCCGCACCCCUCGCGUCACGGCAGCAAACCGUGCAACGAGACCAAGAACCAAAACCAGAAGAUGGUGCCAUACGACUACAACCGGGUGGUGCUGGACAUGCUGCCGGCCGAGCCGGAGCCCGUCGACGAGGCCGAGUCCGACUACAUCAACGCUUCCUACGUGGACAGCUUGCUGAAGCCGACGCCUACAUCGUGA